ACGACGCGGCCCUCGAAUCCCUCAAAGCCGACCUCGACUCCGCACCCCCCGCCCCGCGCUCCACACCCAAACCCAAAAAACGCCCCGCAUCGCCCGGCCCGACUACGACCGCCAAGCGCGGGCGCACGCGCGCGGCCGCGGCGGACGAUGCGCCCGUGAGCGCUGCGGCGCGCGGGCGGGCGAGGGAGCCGAGUGCGAGGGCUAGGGACGUCAAGGGGGCUAGUGCCGUCAAGGGGAAGGAAGGGGCCAAGGAGAAGGAAGGGGCCAAGGAGAAGGGGGCGGCUAAGGGGAAGAGUGCGCCGAGGGGAAAGCCGAGGGCGACGGCGACGGCGAGGAAGAGCGGGCCGAAGGCUAAGGCUGCGGGGGACGACGAGGAGGUUGAUGAGCUCGACGAUGAUGCCGAGAAGGAGACGGAGAAGGACAAGCCGAAGAGUAAACGCGCGAAGAAGCCGCAGGUCGUACUUUCCCCGCGCAAGAGGUCUUCUCCUCGUAAGGAAGAGGAGGAAGAGGCCGCAGACGAGGACAAGGGCGCGGGGCCGAGCGCGAACGAUGAAGAUGCGGACGGCGAGGUGGAUGCGGAUGUGGAUGUGGGGAAUAUCAGCGCGGUGACGGGCAUGGCGGCGGAGGCUGUUGUGGAGGAGAUGCUCGCGCGGGGCGCCGAUGUCGAUGGUGGAUCUGCGGUACAGGUCGCCGUGGACGUCGUCACGACGGUGCAGGCUGAGCCCGUCGCGGGGCCGGCGUGA